CAGGCGGCGCGGCCUGACGGCGGCGGGAGUCCGCGCGCUCACUCGCUGCUGGCGCACGCGGCUCGCGCUGUGCGGGGCAACAUGGCGGACGCGGAAGUAUUAAUUUUGCCGAAGAAACAUAAGAAGAAAAAGGAGCGGAAGUCCUUACCAGAAGAAGAUGUAGCGGAGAUACAACAUGCUGAGGAAUUUCUUAUCAAACCUGAAUCCAAAGUGGCUCAGUUGGACACAUCUCAAUGGCCCCUGUUGCUCAAGAAUUUUGAUAAGCUAAAUGUAAGGACAACGCACUAUACACCUCUUCCUUGUGGUUCAAAUCCUCUGAAGAGGGAGAUUGGGGACUAUAUCAGGACAGGUUUUAUUAAUCUUGACAAGCCCUCCAACCCCUCUUCCCAUGAGGUGGUAGCCUGGAUCCGCCGAAUACUUCGGGUGGAGAAGACGGGGCACAGUGGUACUCUGGAUCCCAAGGUGACUGGCUGUUUAAUCGUGUGCAUAGAACGAGCCACUCGAUUGGUGAAAUCUCAACAGAGUGCAGGCAAAGAGUAUGUGGGAAUUGUCCGGCUACACAAUGCUAUUGAAGGGGGGACUCAACUUUCUAGGGCCCUAGAAACUCUGACAGGUGCCUUAUUCCAGCGACCCCCACUUAUUGCUGCGGUAAAGAGGCAACUCCGCGUGCGGACCAUAUAUGAGAGCAAGAUGAUCGAGUAUGAUCCUGAAAGAAGAUUAGGAAUCUUUUGGGUGAGUUGUGAGGCUGGUACCUACAUUCGGACGCUGUGUGUGCACCUUGGCUUGUUACUGGGAGUUGGCGGUCAGAUGCAAGAACUUCGGAGGGUUCGUUCUGGAGUCAUGAGUGAAAAGGACCACAUGGUGACAAUGCACGACGUGCUUGAUGCCCAGUGGCUGUAUGACAACCACAAGGAUGAGAGUUACCUGCGGCGAGUUGUUUACCCUUUGGAAAAGCUGUUGACUUCUCAUAAAAGGCUGGUUAUGAAAGACAGUGCAGUGAACGCAAUCUGCUAUGGGGCAAAGAUCAUGCUCCCGGGCGUUCUCCGAUAUGAGGAUGGCAUCGAGGUCAAUGAGGAGAUCGUCGUCAUCACCACCAAAGGGGAAGCAAUCUGCAUGGCCAUUGCAUUAAUGACCACAGCAGUGAUCUCUACCUGUGACCAUGGUAUCGUAGCCAAGAUUAAGAGGGUAAUCAUGGAGAGAGACACUUAUCCUCGAAAGUGGGGUUUAGGUCCAAAGGCAAGUCAGAAGAGGCUGAUGAUCAAGCAGGGCCUUCUGGAUAAGCACGGCAAGCCCACAGAUAGCACACCUGCCACCUGGAUGCAGGAGUAUGUGGACUACAGCGACUCUGCAAAGAAAGAGGUGGUAGCCAAGGCAGGAACAGCCGCACAGGAAGUCACCGAGGUAGUAAAGUCCCCCAAAGUGGUUGCCGAAGUGGUGAAAGCCCCAAAGCGGAAGCGAGACAGUGAGAGCGAUGAGCUGUCUCCACAGCUGCUCAAGAAGGAGAAGAAAAAGAAGAAGGAGAAGAAGGCCAAAGCUGCCGCGGAGGGCGUGAGCGAGCCCACAGAUGGGGACAGUGACAGCGCCAGGAAGAAGAAGAAGAAGAAGAAAAUAAAAGCGGAGGUGGUUUCGGAGUAGUGGACGCCAGCGCAGGCACGGUGCCCGGUCGGGAGGAGACAUUAAAGCCUUACUGAGAAAACGUAACACUUUUGUUCUUGAGGGAAUGGAACGCAGGUCCCAGGAAGCUCGGAGAGUUCGGCGCUUCGCAGCUGCUCCCUGAGAACUCGGGGACGAGACCCGGCGUGCUCCCCCCACCCUGUCCUGUUCUAAGGAUGUGGGUGCAGGAGGCAGGCUCGAUGCCACCCGCUGCGCUUCUCGGGAGAGCUGGGAGUCCCCUCCCUCAGAUCCAGGGCGGCCCAGGAACGUCUGCGGGCGGCGCCCGGUGGCUGUCGUGACAUCUAGCCCUCUCCUGCUUUGCACCCCCCCCAACUCAUUUUAAAAGUCUCCACACGUGGCCCAGUGACCGGAUGUGGAGCAAGGAAAAGAACUGAAUCCUGUUGGUCACUUGGGGGAUCAAUCUUUUGUCCCGUGUCCUAUGAGGACAGUGGUCUUUUCUGGUGUCAGAGCCAUCUCUGCCCCCCCCCAUGUGUGUCCCUGUUACAGGCCGCCAUCCCGUCAGCUCUGUCCAGCCCCCCCCCCCGGCUUUAGCGGCCCUUUGUGCCCCUUCAGAGCCUGCGUGGACAGCCUCACGCACCUGAGUCCAUCUGCCUACUUGUGUUUGUGACAGAAGCUAGGAAACUAUUCCAGACUCUCUUUUAACGCUUUUACUUUCAAAGGAUGAAAUUACUUCCUGCUGGGAGAAGGUUGUACUUUUUACUUAAUAAAGUCUACUUGUUUUUAA